CGACUCGCCUCCACAAUAUCUAGAGUGAGAAAGGGGAGCGUUUUGGAGAGAGAAAUAUAGAGAGAGAAAGAUUAGGUUUUCUUCGUGCACAUUCCCCCAUUGCAGAAAACACCUCAUAAUUUAGGGUUUUUAUCGUGUAUCCAUAAACUGCGAUUUCUAAAUAUUCACUUGAUUUUGUUUUGGGUUAUGCUUUGACUGAUCAAAGGUUUGGCUUCAAUUGAUGGAUGAGAUUUGGGAAAGAGCGGUGGAGACAGCUCUGGACGGCCAAACGGACUUCGCUUCGGUUCGAACAUUAACUCUAGACGGAGCCGUGAAGUGCGUUCAUGGUCGCUUGCCUCCGCCGGCCCUGUUCGAGAGGUUUCAGAACCUUCAGCACCUCUCCAUAGCAAACAUCGGUGUUUCGUCCCUGGAACAGUUUCCCCGGCUUCAUAACCUGCAAAAGUUAAUUUUAUCAGAUAAUAGAAUCGCUGCGGGGCUAGAAUUCCUCGUAGAGGCUGGUUUAAACUCGCUUCGGGACCUCGAUUUGUCGAACAACAGGAUUCAGGAUAUAGAUGAUCUUCGGCCGCUAGCAGAGCUCAAACUGGUCUCGCUUGAUCUGUAUGAGUGUCCGGUGACAAGGGUUAAGGAUUAUCGAUCUAGGGUUUUUGGAUUGAUUAAGUCGUUAAAGUACCUGGAUAAGAUGGAUGCGGAGGAAAAUGAGAGGCCGGAGUCAGAUGAUGAGGAGGACGAGGAAGAGGACGAAGAGGAGGAGGAUGAUGAUCCUGGGAGUGGGGAAGUUGACGGUGAAGAUAGGCCUUACAGGGUGAGCAACGGGCACAAAGCUGGGAGUGAUGGGGUGCUUGAUGUGGAUGAGGAUGAGAGUGAUGCUGAUGAGGAAGAGGCAGAGACUUCCAGAGGAGCUAGUCGAGUGAAGCAAGCUAAUUCACAUCAGCAGUCCAAUGGUUUUAGAAUAGCCGCAGCUGGUGAUGAUGAUGAGGACGAUGAUAAUGAUGAAGAUAAUGAUUCAGCUGAGGAAAUAGAUGAAGAUGAUGGGGAUGAUGAUGAAGAUGAUGUGGUAGAGGUUCAUGAGAUUGAUGACAGUGAUGAGGAUGAGGAUGGGGUGGAAGAUGAUGAUGAAGAUGAUGACGAUGAUGAGGAUGAGGAGGAAGUGGAUAAUGAUGAUGCUGAGCCAGAGAGUACUGGGAGGCUGGCUAGCACAGAAGGGGAAAUUGAUGGGCAUGAGCAAGGGGAAGAUGAAGAUGACGAGGAUGAUAAUGGAGAGACUGGUGAGGAAGAGCAGGGAGUGGAGGAUGAUCAUGAUGGUGAAUUUGAUGACGAUGAGGAUGCUGAGGAUGAGGAAGAAGAUAAUGAUGCUGGAUAUCUGGUUCAACCUGUUGGACAGGUGGAGGUAGAUGCUGGAGGCAGUGAUAUGGAGGCAGCAAAUGGAGACGAGGAUCAUGAGUUUGAUGGAGGAGUGGAGGAGGAGGAUGACGAUGAUGAUGAUGGUGAAGUUCAGGAGGUGCCACCAUCCCAAUCUACUACUAAGAAGAGGAAGAGAGAUGGAGAUGAAGAUGAUGGCAGUGAUGAUGACAAUGUUGUUGACUGUGGGAAGUCAUCAAAGCGGCGUUAGUUAAAAAGAAUGGUGGUGCCAGGUGGCAGUGGUGCCGUGCUUGCAAGAAAGAUUCUUCCACUAGGAGGUGUGAAA